CCCAACUUUCCUCGGCCCUUGGAGACAAGCUCUUGGAUAUCAAACAGAAGUUGUUGAUCAAGAGAUGGCACUGCUGUAGCCCUCUGCGAAGAUGGUACCAUGGCACAUCUUCCGGAUGGACAGGAAUGUGAAACGAAUGUGAUGUCACCGAUCUGAUUCUAAGCCGGACAGCUCCUUCCCUUGGUGUCACAAUUUUCAAUUUGCUUCAAGCAAAACCAGUUUUUGCGGAACCUUUUCUUUCGUUGCCACCAAACAAACAUUUUCGACCAUGAGUUCCGUUCCCACUGGUGAAGGCGAGGGCUGGAAGAAGUACUCUGAGUAUCAUCUUGAGGUUGACCCUGACCAAGAUGAUAAGGCCACGGAGAUCAAGCUCUGUUCUUUUGCCCGUCCCCACAUGCGUGCCUUCCAUCUUUCAUGGCUAGGUUUCUUCAUUGCUUUCUUCAUUUGGUUCGCCAUUGCCCCUCUUCUUUCCGAGAUCAAGGACACCCUGGGACUGACCAAGCAAGAAGUUUGGACUUCCUCCAUCGUUGGUGUUGGAGGAACCAUUCUGAUGCGUUUCGUCAAUGGUCCUCUUUGCGACAAGUUUGGAGCCCGCAUCCCCUUCACUCUAAUCCUAUGCUUUGCAUCCAUCCCCUGUGCUUUGACCGGAAUUGUCAACAGUGCUGCCACUCUUGCUGUCCUCCGUCUGUUCAUUGGAUUCGGUGGAUCUACCUUUGUCAUGUGCCAGUACUGGGCUUCUCGUAUGUUUGCCCGAGAAGUGGUCGGAACUGCCAAUGCUCUCUGUGGUGGAUGGGGAAACUUGGGAGGAGGUGUCACACAGCUUGUCAUGGGUUCUCUCCUUUUCCCUCUCUUCAAGGAAAUCUUCAAGAACUCUGAGGAUCCUGCUGAGAAGGCAUGGAGGACUGUAUGCAUUGUCCCUGCUGUUGUUGGAUUUGCCUUUGGUGUCAGUAUUUAUUUCUUGGGGGAUGAUGCUCCCAAGGGUAACUACAAGGAUUUGAAGAUGCACGGAGCCAUGCCUGAAGUCUCUGCUGCUGCCUCCUUCCGCUCUGGUACUUUGAACUUCAACACCUGGUUGCUCUUCAUCCAGUAUGCCUGCUGCUUCGGAGUUGAACUGACCAUGAACAAUGCUGCAGCUCUCUACUUCAAGGAAGUCUUUGGACAGUCCACUGAAUCUGCUGCUGCCAUUGCCUCCAUUUUUGGAUGGAUGAAUCUCUUUGCCCGUGGUCUUGGAGGGUGGGCCAGUGACAAGGCCAAUGCCAGAAUGGGAAUGCGUGGUCGUAUCAUUGUCCACACCUUCUUUCUUCUUGCUGAAGGUAUCCUGGUCCUUGUCUUUGCAAACACUAAAUCCCUUGGACUUGCGAUCGUGGUCAUGGUCUUCUUCAGUCUCAAUGUCCAAGCAGCUGAGGGUACCUCAUAUGGUAUUGUCCCCUAUGUUGAUCCUCCUUCCACUGGAUCCAUUGCUGGUAUUGUUGGAGCUGGAGGAAACACUGGAGCUGUCUUGUUUGGACUUGGAUUCCGCAACUUGGAAUACUAUGAUGCCUUCAUUCUCAUGGGAAUUGUCAUCAUCAUCUCCGCUGGCCUCUCUGGUGCCAUUUACAUCAAGGGACACUCGGCUCUGUUCUGCGGCAAGGAUGAAGCACCCUCGGCCAGUGAAAAGGGAGCCGCAGGUGCUGGAGAUGGUGUCCUCAUUGUCCCUGAACCUGACAAGAACUUUGAAGAAAUUGAGGAAGAAAUUGACUGUUAAAAUCCUUCGGAAGCAACCUCCCUUUCCAGGUACAACUUCAAUUGCUUCUUGCAUGGUCGAGCUCUUCCGAGUUCCCUUCUCCUUUUCUAUGUGUUCCCUUUGUUGGUGCUUUGAAAGCAUCCCAUAUUGCAUACUGUAGCUAUUAGAGCUAAUUCGAACUAA